AUGACUCUGAAAGUGAAAGGGAAGCUUGAGGUUACUUUGUCAAGGGCCAAUGGGCUUGCCAACAAUGAUUUUCUGAAAAACGUAGAUUCUUAUGUCAUUCUUAAGUAUGCUUCGACACAAGUAAAAGCAAGUUGUGUAAGCUAUGCGCCAACAGUUUCUAGGUCUUGCCCAUGGUGGAAUGAGUUCUUUUAUUUCGAUGUUAUUACUAAUGGUGUUAACGUGCUUACUAUGGAAUUAUAUGAUAAUGCUACACACAAAUUUAUUGGCAUUGCAAACAUUCCAUUAGAUGUGGUGUUCUUUGUGGAUAGUAUUCCAGAAACUGAUUACCAAAUAUUUACCGACUAUGGUUUAUAUGUCGGGGAUAUUUAUGUCGCUCUUACUUUCACUCGCGAGGAGGACUGA